GUCUGAGUUGUGUAGUUGAAUAGGUGGGUUCCGGCAUCGUGCUCUGCACUUAGAGUCACACUUCACAUUUCACACUUCACACUUCACACGCCUCUCUCUGUCUCGGUGCACAUCAUAAAUUCCUCCGAGGAAGAAGAAUCAGCGAGAUGAGUCAGGAGCUGUUAGAAACGUACGCCUGCAUGCCCUCGACGGAGCGCGGCCGCGGGAUUCUGAUCUCCGGCGACGCCAAGUCCAACUCCAUCGUCUACACCAACGGCAGAUCCGUCGUCCUCAUGAGCCUCCAGAACCCCCUCCAAGUCUCCGUCUACGGCGACCACGCCUACCCCGCCACCGUGGCCCGCUUCUCCCCCAACGGCGAGUGGGUGGCCUCCGCGGACGCCUCCGGCACCGUCAGGAUCUGGGGCACGCGCAACGACUUCGUUUUGAAGAAGGAGUUCCGAGUCCUCUCCGGCCGCAUCGACGACCUCCAGUGGUCCCCCGACGGCCUCCGAAUGGUUGCCUGCGGCGAAGGCAAAGGGAAGUCCUUCGUCCGCGCUUUCAUGUGGGAUUCCGGGACUAAUGUUGGUGAAUUCGAUGGCCACUCGAGGCGGGUUUUGAGUUGCGCCUAUAAACCCACCAGGCCCUUUCGCGUUGUCACUUGUGGAGAGGAUUUUCUUGUCAACUUUUACGAGGGACCUCCCUUCAGAUUUAAGCUAUCUCAUAGGGAUCAUUCAAAUUUUGUCAAUUGUGUGAGAUAUUCUCCAGAUGGCAGUAAAUUUAUAAGUGUAAGUUCUGACAAGAAGGGUAUCAUAUUCGAUGGAAAGACAGCAGAAAAGAUUGGUGAGUUGUCUUCUGAAGGUGGGCAUACUGGUAGUAUUUAUGCUGUUAGCUGGAGUCCCGAUGGAAAGCAGGUGCUCACUGUAUCUGCUGACAAAUCUGCAAAAGUAUGGGACAUAUCUGAUGACAGUAACGGAAAGGUGAAGAAAACAUUGACUUGUCCUGGCUCUGGUGGAGUUGAAGACAUGCUAGUGGGGUGCCUAUGGUUGAAUGAUUAUCUUGUGACUGUUUCUCUUGGUGGGACAAUAUCUAUAUUUUUAGCAAGUGAUCUUGAUAAAGCCCCGACAGCAUUUUCUGGACAUAUGAAAAAUGUUUCCUCCUUAACUAUUCUUAGAAGUAACCCUAGAGUGCUCUUGUCUAGCAGUUAUGAUGGCUUAAUAGUUAAGUGGAUUCAAGGGAUUGGAUAUAAUGGGAAACUACAAAGGAAGGAAAGUUCUCAAAUCAAAUGCUUAGCAGCGGUAGAAGAAGAGAUUGUCACAACUGGAUUCGAUAAUAAGAUAUGGCGAGUUUCUUUGCAUGGGGAUCAGUGUGGAGAUGCUGAAGCCAUUGAUAUAGGAAGUCAACUAAAGGACUUAAGUGUUGCACUUCUUUCUCCUGAACUUGCUCUAGUUUCAAUUGAUUCAGGAAUUGUCAUGCUGCGUGGUACCAAAAUUGUGUCAACCAUUAAUCUUGGGUUUAUUGUGUCCGCAUCUGCUGUCUCACCUGAUGGAAGUGAAGCCAUUAUCGGUGGACAGGAUGGUAAAUUGCACAUAUAUUCUAUUUCUGGUGAUACUCUUGUAGAAGAGGCAGUCCUUGAGAAACAUAGGGGUGCUAUUAGUGUCAUACGGUAUUCUCCAGAUGUUUCAAUGUUUGCAUCAGGGGAUGUCAAUAGAGAAGCUGUAGUGUGGGACCAUGCCUCCCGAGAGGUGAAGCUUAAGAACAUGUUGUAUCAUACUGCUAGGAUAAACUGCCUUGCGUGGUCCCCUGAUAGCCGUAGGAUUGCUACAGGAUCACUUGACAUGUGUGUCAUCAUAUAUGAAAUUGAUCAGCCUGCAUCUAGUAGAGUUACCAUAAAGGGUGCUCAUUUAGGCGGGGUUUAUGGAUUAGCAUUCACUGAUGAGUAUAGUUUGGUUAGCUCAGGCGAGGAUGCUUUUAUCCGUGUUUGGAGGAUAACCCCUGCUUGAUCUAUCAAGGUCAAUUUGGAAGAAAAGUGAAUGUGGGAAAUAUUUGUUGGAUUUCAAAUUUAAUCCUUUAGAAGUCUUCUAAAAAUCAAGACUGACGAGGACGUGCUUAUCACCAUAAAUUGGUCAUAUCAAAAUCUUACGAAUUUCAAGCAUUGGUUUGGCGGUCACUCUUGACAUUGGCAGUAUAAAGUUGGGGCCAUUUUUGUGUUGCCUUUUAUAAGUAGCUGCUUUUUGUGAGUUUCGAUGUCUAGACUAUGAUGGUACCAGUGUACCAAUUUAUGAUACCAGAGAAUUUUAAUGGUUGUGCCAAUUGUCAAAAGGAUCUUGUUGUGUACAUUACAGGGGAUCAAUUUGGAUAGUGUGAGUUUUUGUGUUAAAAGUGUUGAUAGAUUAGAGAACAAAGACAACCAUUUUUCCCCACCCACAACUCACCUCUUUAGAGGAUAUAUACUCAAUCGGCUACCCCUGUUCGAGGCCAGAUUGAUUCUAAUGUUUGUUUGUGGUUGGAAUGCAGUUGUGCAUGUUUGUUGUUUGUUAACUUAUUCAAUGUGAUUAAAAAAAAAAAA